UCACUCUGGGGCAUUGUCAAAGGUCCCGAAAAGUUUACGUCGAGUGUCAUCACGAUGCGUUGCUGCGUAGCCGCACUAUGGCUGUCGGCGCUGACCACGCUGGCGGUGGCGGCCGGGGAGGAGCCCAGUCACGAACCCGCCGUACAGACGGAUAACGAUGUCGAACUCACAGAAGAAGACAAGCGCGCGUGGUCAAGUUUACACGGCGGUUGGGGCAAAAGGGGAUGGCAGGACUUAAAUUCAGCGUGGGGUAAACGCGCCUGGGAAGACCUCAACUCGGCCUGGGGUAAAAGAGGCUGGCAGGACCUUAACUCAGCUUGGGGUAAAAGGGGAUGGCAGGACUUAAAUUCAGCGUGGGGUAAAAGGGGAUGGCAAGAUCUUAACUCAGCUUGGGGCAAGCGCGCUUGGAGUGAUUUGUCGCAAACUCCUUGGGGUAAACGGGGCUGGAAUGAUAUGAGUUCUGCGUGGGGUAAACGAGGCUGGAAUGACAUGAGUUCUGCUUGGGGUAAGCGUGGGUGGAAUGACAUGAGCUCGGCGUGGGGUAAAAGGGGCUGGCAAGACAUGAGCUCUGCUUGGGGAAAACGUGCACCGGAAAAAUGGGCAAACUUCCACGGAUCAUGGGGUAAGCGGGCUAACACUGAGACCGACUAUGAGGACCUGGAAGCGGCUAUCGAACAACUAAUUCCCUCACAACAGGUUGACAGCGCGGAGCAGGCAGCGAUAGAAAUUCCGGAGAAGAAGGCGUGGCAGGCGUUACACGGCGCGUGGGGCAAGCGGCCCGUCAAGCCGGCUCACUACAACAGCGGAGCGUAUUACUGGAAACGGGAGCCCGGCUGGACGAACCUGAGAGGGAUGUGGGGCAAACGGUCUCCGGCGCCGGACAGGGACGACCACGAAAGUGACCCAUCGCGGGACGAGCCUUAGACCUGCGCGACCACCAACAACCGUCAUAUCUCAGGAGCGCCAUCUGUCGUCCACCCGCCACAACUAUCAACGCUCUAUAACUCCUCCUCCUACCCGCAACUCAUCUCACUCCCAACCGGUGAAGUGACUUGCAAACCAGCGUACGAGUUUCUAUCGAAUCGGUGAAACAUUAACUAAAUCCCGUUUACGUACAAAAACCUAACUUAUGUCACCUUCUAGUGUUAAAUUUAAAUUAUAACAUAAGAUGUUUAUUUUUAUGAUAUUUGAUAUACAUAACGUGUUAGGGUACAUUUGGGCUGGUGUGACUAUGUAUUUUAACGUUAGUUAGUUGAAUUAAUUAAUAA